AUGGACAACAUCAGAGCAAAGUUGAAGCGUAGAAUGAGCCACAAGGACAAAGAAGUCAACUUCGACGACCACGACUCGGCCGACGAAGAAACCAUGGACUACGUUGGCAAGGAAGCUGAAGAUGCAGAGAAGGCGGGAUACGAUACCGGCAAGCCAGGUAGCUUCCUGAACAGACUCAUCAUGCACGGCAACAAGAAGACGGAAGACCAACUUGCCCGUGAAGCUGCAGCUGCUAAUCCUGAAGCCGGUGGCGCCGACCGUGUUGUCACUCAGCGAUAA